UGUUGUAUUUUUGAUUGCCGCAGUUGAUAUGGCGGCUCCGACGGGAAGAGACCGGUCGGGUUGCGAUCCUGCGGAGAAAUUGCUCAUUUCGCCCGAAAACUGCGCCUUCCGCGGCGAAGGGAACGCCAACAUUGUCGUCACACUGAAAAAUGAGGACAGAGUUCUUCGGCUUCGUAAGAGCGCCGCAUUCACCGAGGACACAAUAUCACUGAUAGGAGAGAGUCUACAGAAAUGUCAUAUGGAGGCAGACUUCAUCGAGAAUGUCAUGAAACCUCUCUUUGGAAGUCGAUUCGUCCAUCCACCAGUUCUCGUUCGCUUGACUGCUGAAAAUGUGAGGCUCAUCAACAAGGCCGUGCACUUAGAAAGACCACUGCACAGGUUAAAAAAGAAUGUCAAGGAAGUUGCCACUGUGGGACUCUUGUUUCCCGACCACUGCACAUUGCCGAGCCACCUCCGAAAAUAUGCCGAAGGUCCCGUGAUCUCCAUUGAAAUAAAGCCAAAGCAGGGAUUUCUGCCUAGUCCCCAUGACCUCCCCUUCGAGCACAAGGUUCGGUCAUCAGUCUGCAGAUUUCACCUUUCCCAGACGUCCAAGGUCAGCAAAGGGCGUAUAUCGUCAGUCAGCAUGUACUGCCCCCUGGAUCUCUUCAGUGGGUGUCCUAAAAGAAUGAAGAGUGCUCUGAGGGAGCUCCUCUACCACCCGCAAAAUAAUCUGAGGGUCUUUAAGAACAAGAAACUUGUAUUUAGUGAAGAAUCAAGAACCAACCUAGAAGACGCACUGAAGGAUUUCUUUCUUGAGUCCAGUCUAGUCAGUCGAGAUGACAACUUGUGCCACCUGGUCACGAAAAUCUUGCGGCACUCGUAUCCUGAAACUGGGGCAGUCAGUGCAGCCAGUGGCGUCUGGGACGUCGCCAUGCCACAGUCCUGCCCGUCUUCACAUCCGUGCACUUGCACAACUAGAAUGAAGGCCGACCACCGGCUUCCUCGUGGAUGUAUCUUGGACCGAGUGCUGCAGGCUCAGCGCCUGGGAUCCAUCGACGUCUCUACGGCCUAUCCACUCUACCUCAGUCUCAAGGACACCCUCCACUGUGCCGGAGAGAAACCACCUCUGCUCGAGUACUUGAAGGAUGGGUACCCUGCGCCAUUUCUGCCCAAAGCUAUGGGCUGCCAUGACCGCCAGAACUACGAGACUGACCACACAUUUGCCUGCCGGAAGAUCUGGGAAUUCUUAGUCGCACUAACAGCUCGUGACUGCUCCAUCAUGCUCUCCCUGCAGAGGUUGUCAUCUGCAGCUAAGGUCCUCACCUGGGAAGAGGACUAUGUCGUAGAAGACGCCUACGGACAGGCCUAUCUCUUCUCCCUAGCUGUCGUAGACUUAGAUCCCAAGUCGGUCGACAAACUCGAGAAGGUCUACUUUGAUGACUGCAGCAUGAUUAGGACUGCCUGUUCGUGACCUUUUGAAGGCUCGGUGAAGCCAGGUGUACCAGUCAAUAGUUCUCGCCGUUAUAGGUGAUGUUCUGUGCUGUAGGCAUGAAUGAAAAUUCUGCAUGGUGGCAGGGUGGUGCUUGAACGCUCGGUGAAGAGGGCAAGACAAUCAAGGUUUUAUUGAGGUCUUAUCAGUGAAAAUUUUUAUGCUGCUUCGUGCCAGCACAUUUGCUUCCUCUUAUCACUUCCUAGGACGUUUUAAGGUUCAGAAUAUUAGCUGCCAUCAGAGAUUACGGUUUGUUGGAUAAAAAUUUCCACAUUUAUAGCCAUCGCGCCAUCUCCAUGGUGAUGUGAAAGAUUGCAUAAUGUAUGAAGCGUAGCUUACCUUAAAGGGAUGUCUGUACUGUUCGCACUCUAGCUGAGGUUUAAAAGCCUUUGCUUUUGUUGGAAUGACAUUGCUUGCCAAGUGUGGCAGUUGCUAGUAUGUUGACUGUGUUCACAACAUUUUUCCUAGGCUAACUUUAAAAAAAAGUCUUUGCUCCAAAUGACAUAGUGAAGGUGGAUCUUUUGUUAAGAUCCAUGCCUCUAUGUCAACCUUCUCAUCUGUAUUUCCAUGUCUAGUCGUUACACUGCUUGUUUCACUAGGCCAGUGACUGCAUUAAUAGCGACACCAAAAAGAUAAAAAUCAAUUUAGACUGAAGACGUAUUGCUUCAAAAAUAUUUUUUUGUUAGUUUAGUGGUGGGAGGAUGAUUAGUAGAAGAAAAUACGAAAACCAAACUUCAUUUUUUAAAAUACAUUGUACAGAAAGCUCCAGCACAGGUAUGUCAAGUGCAACAUCUUGGAUUUCAAAGUACAUUUUCUUGUAUAUUUGUCCUGUUGUGGUGAAAUUAGUUCUGAGAGCUUUCUACGUACAGCCUCUUCGUCCUUUUUAAUGCAGUUAUUCCAUCUUUAAUGAUAAACUAAGCCUGAAAAGAAGCCGUCAAAAUCCAUAGUGUGAUGUGAGCUGUCGUGAAAACUUGAAGGCAGUGUUGCAGUUGGUCUCAUUUUUACUAUUCUUUCACUUACCAUACUUCUUUUUACUUUACUAUACAGCUGAAUUUUUUUCUUUUACUUCAGUGCCUUUGAGGCAUUCUGGACUGUCAUCAGAAGUUGGCAGUUCUGAUCGACACUGUCAAAAAAGGCAUUUUCUUCUAUGUUGUUCCUAAAUGUUGUUCUAUACUUAAUGAUGUUUCCCAGCCCUUGAGGAUUGUAUUAUUUUGUUGUAAGCGUAAUGUUAUGUGUUGCCUUUCUUAAGUUGUUCCCUGCUUAUCAAUGUAUUAGUGAUGCUUUCACGAAGCAUCACUCAAUCUUGAUAUCAGUAUUGCGAAGGGAAUUUUUUUUCUCUUUCUCUACCUAGCAAUAUUGCUCGCGAGUUUCAGAACAAAAGCUUCUGUUAUUGCAAAAAAAACAGGACAGCGUACUUUAAAGGUGCUCAGGGCCAGGUCUAUUCUUACUGUUAAAAGAACAUGUGAAAUGUGCAAACAUCCUUUUGGCAACUGCAAAAUCAGUAUGGGUUCAACUCUACCAACAAGUUGAAGUAGAGUACGAGUUGGAUAUUGAAUCUUUUACAAGAGUCUGCCAAAAAUUUCAAAAUCGACACAAUGUUCUGAAUUUUGCAACUCCUUGCCAAUAGGAGAUAGUAGAAU